AUGUCGCACCGGGAAUGUUUUCGGGGUUCUUCAUCGGUGCACAUGUUGCCCUGUUCGCCGCAGCGAUGCCGGGACGUUUCCUGGGAACAGAAGUUCGCCCGAGGAAGUUCAACCGUGAGUACAUCAUCUCCUGCUGCAACGAGGCCGCACAGCGGAGAGAUGUGCUGCGGGGCCAGGCGCCUCGUGCCUGGUACAAGGGCAAGCCCAGGCUGA